AUGUCCCGUCGGAAACAGACCACUCCUAACAAAGUUCACUGGGAGGAAGUCUUUGCAGGGCUGGAGGAACAAGCCCGCCAAGCCAUGAUGAAAACCAACUUCCCUGGAGCUCUUGGGAACCAAAGGCCAGCCAUUCCUCCGCUGCAAGACCCUGACUCCAGCAGCAGUGGCAGUGAAGAUGAGGAAACCACCCAGGAUGAAGUUUCUUCUCAUACAUCUGAGGAGGAUGGCUCAAUGGUGAAAGUGAAAAAAGAACUGGAGAAUGCAGAACAGCCUGCGGCUGGAGCCCCCCUGAGGAGAGAGAAUGAGGCAAGUAGUUUGAAUGCUGACCCACUGCUGGGACUGUCACAGUGCCCCCUCUGCCAGCUGGAGUGUGGAACCAGAGAGCAGGUCAUUGCCCACGUGUACCAGCACACUGCAGCCGUGGUGAAUGCCAAGAGCUACAUGUGUCCUGUGUGUGGCAGAGCCCUCAGCUCACCCGGAUCCCUUGGGCGACAUCUCCUCAUCCACUCAGAGGACCAGCUGUCAAACUGUGCAGUCUGUGGGGCUCGCUUCACCAGCCACGCCACGUUCAACAGGUCAGGGUCAUCCUGGCGGGGGGCGCGGCUGAUCCGGGAGCGCGAGGCCAAGAGGCUCAAGCGGCGCCUGGAGAAAAUGGACAUGAUGCUCCGGGCACAGUUUGGCCAGGACCCCUCGGCCAUGGCCGCUUUGGCAGCUGAAAUGAACUUUUUCCAGCUGCCGGUGAGCAACGCGGAGCUGGAGAGCCAGCUGUUGGGAAAAAUGGCCUUUGAGGAGCAGAGCAACAGCGCCCUGCACUGA